AUGAGCAGGGGUCAGUACAUAGUCUAUUGUGUCUUCUUUACUGUAUAUGUUUUUUUACUGAGUGGGAAUAGUAUGAUCAGCAUGAUAUAUCUUGUUAGAACUGACCCCAAGCUCGACAUUCCUACGUAUUUUUUCCUUCAUAAUUUGUCAUUUUCUGAUAUUGUGUACACUUCAGUGACAAUUCCCAAAAUGCUGUCAGUGUUCCUGGCUGAUGACAAAACAAUUUCUAAGGCAGGAUGCCUCAAACAGACAACAUUUCUCUCUCUUUUUUCAACUGGAGUGACAGGGCGUGCUUUGUUGACCGUGAUGGCUUUUGACUGGUACAUUGCAAUCUGUAACCCCCCUGCGGUGCAUACUAUCAUGACCAGGCAGUAUUGUAUUCUUUUGAUAUUUGCUUCUUGGGGAUUUGGGGCCUUUAUGGUGCUGCCUACAACUAUUUGGGCUACUCAGCUCCCUUAUUGCAGACCUAAUAUUGUUAGGCACAUGUUCUGCAGUCAUUUCUCUGUAGUGAGCCUUAGUAUUUACACCACCAGGAAUGGCUUUUGGUCCCUUACAAAUGCCCUUAUUGCAAUUUAUAGAAUGUUCCUUAUCAUCCUAAUUUAGUAUGUUUGUACUGGCAAAGCUAUGAGAAAAAUUAGCAUGGCACAGCAGCUCAAAGUUGCGGCCACUUCUGUGUCCCACCUGACAGUGGUGUGUAUCUCGUAUAUUUCAGCCUCCUUUGUGUAUAUCUCAUAUCGUGUAGAUAAAUUUGACCCAGAUGUUCGUAUAGUCAUUGCUGUACUGCACUCUGUGCUGAAACCUCUGCUGAAUCCCAUCAUUUACAGCUUGAGGAAUAAAGAACUACAAGAUGCAAUGAAGAGAGCAUUUUGUAGAUGCACUAUAGCCUAA